CAAAUUGACCUACCUCUCCUUGUCCUACCCAUCGCGACCACAAGGCUUUCUUGCAGUUCCCUCGUCUAAACAAGGCCCAACAUGCAACCCAACAUGGUCAGUUUUCUCCAAACAAAACUCAGUUCCGUCCAUGACUCAUCCGGUUCCAUGACAGACUUGGCUAAGGCACCGCCACCGACCCAUCAUGAUCACAUCUUUAUUCCCUCCACUUUCGCCUUUUAAAUAUAGCUUCAGGUUCUUCCCUCUUUGGAUCCUUUAGUCCCUUGCUCACAAAGACGUAGCUUCUCCAUGAAUGAAGUCCGCUUCCUUCCCCCUUGAAGGCAGAGCCUGCCAUCUUGAGUCACUGAAAGAAAGGAGAAGGCAGCACAACUUUGCGUCACAAUUGGGCUUGAGAUUGCUUGCAAGGUGGCCGGCCACUUUCGCUUCCUCGCCGGCAAGAGAAGCCGAGAAACUUGGCUGAGGGCGGAGGAACAUGAAGCUGGUGGUAGAGGUGGUGGAUGCCCGUGAUCUUAUGCCCAAGGACGGCGAGGGGUCGGCAAGCGCAUUCGUUGAGGUGGACUUUGGCAACCAGCUCAUCCGAACCAGAACCAUCCCCAAGGAUCUCAACCCCGUGUGGAACCAGAAGCUCUCCUUCUACCUCGACGAUCCUGAAAUCCUCUCGAAACAGAGCAUCGAGGUCUGCAUCUACAACGACCGGAAGACCUUCCCCGGUCGCAACUUCCUCGGGAAGGUAAGAAUUCACGGCUCGAAUAUUGUUAGAAAAGGCGAGGAAAUCCUCCAGAGAUUCCCACUAGAGAAGAAGUGGUUCCUCUCCUCAGUCAAAGGCGACAUCGCCUUGAAGCUCUACAUCUCUCCAGAGCCUAAAACUCCACCACCACUUCCAUCUCCCCCUCCUUCCACCGAUACAACUGAAACAUCGACCGCCACUUCUACUGCCGAGAGCCCCCCUGUAGUUGAAAGCAAUUCUACUACUACUAAAACCCCUGCCUCUUCUCCCGCUGAAGAGGAAGCGGAGGUGAUCAAAGAGCCAGUUGAAGUAAAAGUAGAGACCAUCCGCCACAUCAACAAGCAUCAGGUCUCGCCACAGGCGGGGAAAUCAAUCGAGCAGCAGAGCCCAGCAGCCGUGCCUGUGCCGAUCAUGACGUACCACCAGGUUCAACAUGGCCAGGCCCAGCCGAGCCGGGGAGAGGAGUACAAGCUCAAGGACACCAGCCCCCAGCUCGGCGAGCGAUGGCCUGCAGGGGCCCAUGGGAGGGGUGGCGCGUGGAUGACGAGCCUCUACGGCGACAAGUUCACGAGCACCUACGACCUCGUCGAGCAGAUGUACUACCUCUACGUGCGCGUCGUCAAGGCCAAGGACCUCCCCCCCAACGCCUUGACCGGAAGCUGCGACCCGUACGCGGAGGUGAAGCUCGGCAACUACCGGGGCACCACCAAACACUACGAGAAGAGGACCCAUCCUGAAUGGAACCAGGUGUUCGCUUUCUCCAAGGAGCGAAUCCAGUCGACGGUCCUCGAAGUGUUUGUCAAGGAUAGGGAGAUGGUGGCGAGGGACGACUAUGUCGGGAAGGUGGUGUUUGAUCUGAACGAAGUGCCGACGAGAGUCCCGCCGGACAGUCCCUUAGCCCCGCAGUGGUACCGGCUGGAGGACCGCCGGGGGGAAGUCAAGGUGAGGGGGGAGAUCAUGCUCGCUGUGUGGAUGGGGACGCAGGCCGACGAGGCCUUCCCGGAGGCGUGGCACGCCGACGCUGCCUCGGUGCAAGGCGAGGGAGUGUUCAACAUCCGGUCGAAGGUCUACGUCUCCCCAAAGCUCUGGUACCUCAGAGUGAAUGUCAUCGAAGCUCAGGACGUGCAGCCGACCGAGAAAGGCCGGUACCCGGAUGCGUUCGUCAAGGCCCAGGUCGGCAACCAGGUGCUCAAGACUCGAGUCUGCAGCACGCGAACCUUGAAUCCCAUGUGGAAUGAGGACCUGGUGUUCGUCGCGGCCGAGCCCUUCGAGGAGCACCUGGUGCUCACCGUCGAGGACCGGGUGCAGCCGACGAAAGACGAGUUGCUCGGGAGGAUUGCGCUGCCGAUGUCACUGUUCGAGAAGCGGCUGGACCACCGGCCGGUGCACUCGCGGUGGUUCAAUCUGGAGAGGUUCGGCUUCGGCGCGCUCGAAGGCCAGCAGCGGAAGGAGCUCAGGUUCUCGACCAGGGUCCACCUGCGCGUCUGCCUCGAGGGAGCCUACCACGUCAUGGACGAGUCCACCAUGUACAUCAGCGACACCCGCCCCACCGCCCGCCAGCUCUGGAAGCAGCCCAUCGGAAUCCUGGAGGUCGGCAUUCUCAGCGCCCAAGGUCUAGCUCCGAUGAAGGCCAAGGAUGGCAGGGGCACCACCGACGCCUACUGCGUUGCGAAAUAUGGCCAGAAAUGGGUUCGGACUCGAACGAUCAUCGACUCCUUCAAUCCCAAAUGGAACGAGCAGUACACGUGGGAGGUCUUCGACCCCUGCACCGUGAUCACGCUUGGAGUGUUCGACAACUGCCAUCUCGGCGGCAAUGACAAGCCUGCCGGAGCUGGGCCGCCCAAAGACAUGAGAAUCGGCAAGGUGAGGAUUCGGCUCUCGACGCUCGAAAUGGAUCGGAUAUACACGCAUGCGUACCCGCUCAUCGUUCUCCAGCCGUCGGGGGUGAAGAAGAUGGGGGAGCUGCAGCUGGCGCUGCGCUUCACCUGCCUCUCUCUCGCCAACGUAAUCUACCUCUACGGCCACCCUCUUCUGCCCAAGAUGCAUUACAUCCAUCCAUUCACUGUGAGCCAGGUCGACAACCUGCGGUACCAAGCGAUGAGCAUCGUGGCGGCGAGGCUCGGCCGGGCAGAGCCGCCGCUGAGGAAGGAGGUGGUCGAGUACAUGCUGGACGCGGACUCCCACAUGUGGAGCAUGAGGAGGAGCAAGGCCAACUUCUUCCGGAUCAUGUCGCUGCUCUCGGGUUCCAUUGCUAUGUGCCGCUGGUUCGACGAUGUUUGCCACUGGAAGAAUCCGAUCACGACCAUACUCGUCCAUGUCCUGUUCGUGAUACUCAUCUGUUAUCCCGAGCUCAUCCUCCCGACGAUGUUCCUGUACAUGUUUAUGAUCGGGCUGUGGAAUUACAGGUUCAGGCCGAGGCACCCGCCGCACAUGGACACGAAGCUUUCCUGGGCGGAGGCCACGCACCCGGACGAGCUCGACGAGGAGUUCGACACAUUUCCCACGACGAAGCCCCAUGAUUUGGUCCGGAUGAGGUAUGACAGGCUUCGGAGCGUGGCAGGGAGGAUACAGACGGUGGUGGGGGACAUGGCGACGCAGGGCGAGAGGUUUCAGUCCCUCUUGAGUUGGAGGGACCCAAGGGCAACCUGCCUCUUUGUGAUGUUCUGCCUAAUUGCAGCUGUGGCGCUGUACGUGACCCCAUUCAGGGUCAUAGCACUGGUGGCAGGACUGUACACGCUGCGCCACCCCCGGUUCAGGAGCAAGCUGCCCUCGGUGCCGAGCAAUUUCUUCAAGAGACUGCCAUCCCGGAUUGAUAGCAUGCUUUGAAAGGACGUGACGUUAGCUGCCGCCAUGGAGGAACCUGUUUAGGGGGGAGAUCUAGCCCUCUCCAAAGUGCUCUAAUUUUGGUAUUUGUUGAACUAUACUGGUAUAUGUAUUUUAUUUUAUUUUUUUGACAUCUUUCUUUUAAGUGGUGUAAUGAUUACGAAGUUCAGCUUCCUCUUGUUUUUAUUUUGGAUGGUGAGUUGAGAGUCCAUCAUACAACUUCAAGUCCUCCCGUGAUGUAAUAAUGUAAUGUUUCGUUUUCCUUUUCAAUAUGUACUUGGGUUCUUCUUCGAA